AUGGAUUUUGACGAGACACUAGAUCUCGAAGAGCAGUUCUAUCGCGACGGCUUCGAAGAAGGAAGACAUGAGAACCUUACGCACAACUAUCUGGAAGGAAAGCAGUACGGGCUGCAGGUGGGAUUUCAGCGGUACAUCUUAAUCGGACUGAUAGAGGGAGUUUGCAAUGCUGUAAAGUCUCAAAAUGUAAGUUCGGCCGCGCAAAAAAAUGCAUGCUUGAUACUUGACAUGGUCAACAAAAUUUCCAUGGGAAACGAUGAGGUCAGCGUGCAAACUUAUGAGACCAAUAUAGUUAAAAUCAGGAACAAGUUUAGGCUAUUGCUGCUCGCGCUGAGCCGCUACGUGAAGGAGCAAGACUCACUGCCCUCUCUUGGUUUGUCUUUUCAAUCAGUUGAAAAGAUAUCCAAAAUUGUGGCAGGUGAGCUCAGCAGUUACGUUGAAUCCGAUGCCGCAGAGGUUUCAUCUCAGCCCCAGAAUGAAAUGUGGUAG